AUGGCAUUCGUGGUCGCCAAAUGGGUGAACAGAGGGCCCGUCCCUUCUAAUAUUAACCCCACAAUGACGAUGCAGGGCGAGAUGUACCAUGAAAUGGGUCCCAUGAUGCCAUUCGAGGGGCGGGCGCCUUCCUACGCUUCCGUUUACAUUCACGACACUGACUACGCCACUCAGACGCGCACAAGGCUUGGAAACUCUGCACGACUGCAAGAGGCACUUACGGCGCCACUGACACGCAUGCUGCACGAAUGCAACCCCUACGUGCAAACAUUUCUGUGUAUGCGAGAAUGGGCUCAAUCUCCUCACAACAACACUCCAACCCCGUACCAGAUGGUCAUCCAUGCCGACCGCAGGCCAAGUCAUGAGCACGUGCGCCGGUACAAUGGUCCCGAAGCUUCUGAAGUGGCUGCAUUGACCCCUGGAAAUGAAGACGGAGAGAUUGGGCGAAGAUAUAUCGUCGUUCGCAGGCGAGGGACUCUGAACAGUAACGGGAACGAAGUGUUGGAUCCGAUUUCAGUCAGUCAUCGUGUAUACGAUCCAUUGAGUUACGUGCUUUUGUUCCCGAACGGUAGGGACGGAUGGUAUCCAGAGCUUCGAUUCUCCAGUGAUCACGACGGCAGACGAACCAACAUUACUCCGAUGAUGUACUUCGGAUGGCAUUUUUUCGAAAGAGCAGGCGAGUUCAGCACGAUCUUACACGCAGAACGACUCUUUCAGCAGUAUUUAGUGGACCAGUUCUGCAAAGUGGAGGCAGAAAGGCUUUCGUAUCUCCGCCACAACCAGAUACAGCUUCGAUCGGGGGACUACACCUCACUGCGCGACAGCCUAGGAGACUCCGGUCGUGCUGAAGAUGAAGCCGACGCUGUACGUGCAGGACGACUGUUCAUACUCCCUUCUACGCACAUCGGAUGUGACCGUUACAUGAGGCAGCAGAUGCACGACAUCAUGGCUAUAUCCAACCAAAUUGGCCACCCGGACAUCUUCCUCACCAUGACAUGCAAUCCUAGCUGGCCGGAGAUCACAAGAGCCCUGCUGCCCAAUCAAACUCCUCAGGACAGACCGGAUCUGUGCGCACGUGUGUUUCGUCUCAAAAUGAAGGAUCUCAUGUCUUUGGUCAUCAACGAGGAAGUGUUCGGAACCGUCGUUGCCCACGUACGAGUCAUCGGAUUUCAAAAACCAGAUCCAGAACUCCAAAAGGUCGUGCUUAAGCAUAUGAUUCACAAUCCAUGUGGAGAACACAAUCCAACAGCCGUCACUGCGGAGGCAAAGUACUAG